AAGCCCAACCCAAAACUCUGCUACUGAAAAUUUGGAAUAUCACCUUGUAAGAAAAUUUGAAAAAUCACGAGAGAAACAACGUCCGACCAUUUCAAGAUCGCUUCAGAGAAACCCAUUUUUUUCCGAGUAUAAGCCCGCUGAUCUACGAUCCAAGAUCGGCCUGUUACGUCAUCUUCGUUUUGGAAAAAGAAAUCGGCGAAGAAGAAGAAGAAGAAGCAAAUCUGCCUGAUCUUCAUCGUUUUGAAACGGAAGCAAGAGAGACUAAGCAACAGCAGAUAGCAAUUUUGGCAGGUAUUCUUGAAUCUUCAUACGAAAAGACAAAUGGCAUCUCAAUUGGGUCACCUAUUUCAAGACCAAAACUUUAAUGUCCAAUAUACUGGAGCUUCUGCUGGGGGAAAGAUGAAUGCAAUCAAACCACGGAAGAAUGGUGGAGGAGGAGGGCUUGGUGGGAGGAAGCCACUUGGGGAAAUAUCAAACUCAGUUAACUUUGCCCCACCUCUGGCACAUGCUUCUAAAAAUCACAACGCCAACAAUUUUGCUUCCAUUAAAGGAGUUGCCCAUGAAAAGGGUACUGCUAAAACAUCAGACAAAGUGCAGACUCGUAGUAGAAAAGCACUCUCUGACAUCUCAAACUCAGCGAAACCGCAUCUCCACCAGGUUCCUAAGAACAAGCAAAACGUGAAAGUACCCAUUCUUGAUGAUCAUUCCUUUCCCAGUUGCAUUGCAGAGGAGCAGUUCCUUCAUGACCAUCGGAAAUGCGGUAAAGCCAAUGCUGCUAUAGAAAUGAAUGAAUUUCUAAAUACAAUUGGACUAGAGAAUGUUUCUUUGAAACAGGUUGAUUCUCCCAAGGGUUUUUCCAAGUCAACGAAGAAUCAGUUGGGAUUGGAAGAGAUACCUGAGUAUCUUGUUGAAGAUGAGUAUCUUUGGAAACAGAACUCUCCACCAAAGACUCCAAAAUCACCAAAUUACAAUACACUGUGGAAGGAGCUUGGGAAGGACUUUGACUACGUCAAUUUUAAGUUGCUCUGAACUGUCUAAACUUGUCUUGAUGUAAAUGCUCAUGAUUUUCAUGAUACAUUCAUCCUUGCCUUCAGGCGUAUCAUUCUUGGUCUUGUCAGAUUUUUUUUAUUUUUUUAUUUUUUCAUGUCUUGAUGUAAAGAUUUUGAUGUGUGGUAAGUGGGAAAAAAAACAUCUUUGAAAUUUGGAUAGGCUGUCGAAGGUUCGUCCUUGUUCUCAAAGGUGAAUCGUAAGUUGGUAUUGAUUAUGAAAGAGCAGAAAGUUGAUAUU